AUGGCGGACGUAGUGGAGCUGUUAUUGUCACAAAAUGCCAGUUUGGAGCUAUUGGAUCAUCGAAAUGAAAACGCACUGUUAGAGGCUGUCAGCAAUAAUAAAAAACAUGUUGUGGUGCUGUUGCUUGAUCACAACGCCAAUAUCGAACAAGAAAAUGUAGAAGGACAAACGGCUUUAACGAUAGCUAGCUGGACCGGAAGAAAAGACAUAGUAAAGUUAUUACUAACUAAAAACGCAGAAGUGGACCACAAAACGAAGUCCGGAGACACACCUUUAACAUUAGCCAGUUCACAAGGGUUCAAUGAAGUAAUCCAACUAUUACUAACUAAAAAUCAAGAUCUGGAACGGGUAAAUAACAAUGACGACACCGCAAUGACCAUAGCCAGCUCCAAGGGAUUCAAAGAAGUGGUAGAACUCCUCCUGUCGGAAAAAGCUGACGUGAACCACAUAAACAAAAACGGGGAUACGCCCCUGACUCUGGCAAGCGGCAACGGCUUCAAGGAAGUUGCUGAGCUCCUGGCACAAAGCAAGGCUAAUAUUGAUCAAGAAAACAAUGCUGGAUACACCGGUUUAAUGGUGGCGGCUGAAAAAGGAUUUGAUGAAGUGGUUGAAUUGUUAUUGGCAAAGGGGGCCGACACCGAGCGCAAGAACGCGAAGAGCGAAACGGCUAUUAUGUUGGCGGCAAGAAAGGGUUUCAGCGAAGUGGUUAAACUGUUGUUAUUGGGACAGGCUGACACCGAGCUAAGGAACGUCUAUGGGGACACUGCCCUGGCGCUGGCCAGCGAAAAAGGUUUCACCCAAGUUGUUGAUCAACAAAUCUCGAACAACGCCAACAUUGAAUCGCAAAAUAAAUUCAACGACACUUCGCUGACAAUAGCUUCCUUCAACGGAUAUGACGAAGUGGUCAAACUGUUCUUAAACAAAGGCGCUAACCUUGAACACUGGAAUCAAUUCGGAGAUACCGCAUUAACACUUGCAAGCUACAAAGGAUUUUCUCGAGUUGUCGACUUGCUGCUACAGAAAAACGCCGCUAUCGAACACAUGAAUAAACAACAAAACACCGCCUUGAACAGAGUCAGCUGGAAUGCUAAUGAUGGAGGCGACACGGCUCUCACCCUAGCUAGCAAGAUGGGUUUCGCCGAAGUUGUUGCCUUAUUAAUAUUGAAAAACGCCAAUAUCGAUCACGGUAACAAGAAUAGGGAGACGCCGCUGAUAUUAGCGGGCGGGUAUAUAGACGUCGUUAAGGCGUUGUUGUCGAAGAAUGCAAAUAUUAACGCCGCAAACAAUGGCGGAGAUACUGCUUUGCUGGUAGCUAGCAAUAAGGGGUACAAGGACAUAGUGGAGGCUCUGCUGGAAAAACAGCCCGAUCUGGAACAUGAAAACAAGUACGGAAACACGGCUCUGAUUUUAGCCUGCUAUAGGGGGUUCGUGGACGUAGCUGAGCUGCUUUUGAGAAAAAAUGCCUCGGCGGAUCACGUCAAUAAGUUUGGUAACACCGCCUUGACGAGGGCCUGUUGGAGUGGAAAAUAUGAAGUUGUAAAUUUGUUGUUGAAAAAUGGGGCGGAUAUCGAACACGUCGAUUCUAAGGGAGAUACGGCUCUUAUACUGGCGCACUAUAAUCCAUUUGGACUUAGGAAAGUGUGGGGACCUAUAUCGGGGUACUGCUACGUUAGGAAACAACUAUACGACCUAAGACAGUACGGUUUGCUGAGGAUGAAGAAUUUGCACGUAGUAGAAUGA